AUGUCGCAUUGGAGCGAUGUUGUUUCUUCAGAAGCCCAAGGGUCUCGCAUGUUGAUCCUCCAGUACGAUCAUGGGCAUUCCGCGCUUUUAGACUUUCUUGCCCACUGCGUAUUCGCCCGUCUCUCAAAUGAACUCACACAGGCGAUCGAGCAUGCAUCUCUGUUCUUUAUCAAUUUCUUAUGUCAAUUCAAUCAAGAUGCAUGGGCCAUGAAUGUUGCAGACGACGCAAGGGUGGUUCAUCAUUGUCACCAGCUUCUGUCGUGCUUGUCAGUUGUGCUUACAAGGAAGGACUUUCCUCGUGACUCUGAUGGAUGUGUCAAGUUGAUCGAAAAGAUGCAGGAAACAUGGCUCGAACGACCCUUGGCUGGCACAGACAACUUCAUGAGACGCUUGUUGACCCCGACCAUGACACAUAAGCGGAAGUUGCUUCGCACCUUCUUGCGAAGCAUAGGCAUAAACCUACUCAGCAGUAACAGCCGGAAUGGCGCAGAGCCACCCACAUAUCUCGGAGUACACGUAGCAGAAGAAUUUAUAGAGCUCAUCAGAGGUAAAUUUGGUGCCUCUCAAGGUGUAACUCUGACUUUGAUAGCUUCCCACCUCAUGUUCUGGAUGAAGUGUGUCCAACAAGUUGCUGAGAAAUAUCCGUCAUCAAACUUUUCAGGAAUUGCAUUGGCAUGGGCAGACAAAGCCAGUGAAGCUCUGGCUUCAGAAGCAACUCGCAGUACCCUAUCCAUGGGCGUGCUCUUAUUGUUUAUUGCGUCACUCCUGCCCUACGCUCCCCGGAUUCACAUGACUCUUGCAAGUUCGGCGUUCUUGGCCAAACAGGAAGAUACUUUAAGAAAGUUGGGUGCUUUCCCGAAGACAGUGAAAUAUUACAAGGACCAAGUCAAUGUAUACAUUAAGCGAUGCACAUGA